CAAGUUGGCGGGAAGAAAAUUAUAAAAAGAGUUCUUGACUUGAAUUAAUGUUGUAUGAACAUAACUACUUUACAAGUUUAAUUUUGAUACAAUGAGUAUUUUGCGAUGUUCAUAUAUAUGGGACGAAAAUUUAAUUAGUGAAUGUGAUCGCUUACCUGCCGUAUUAGGACGAGCUUCGAUGGUGCACGAUUUACUAACAGCAUAUUGUCUUCACCGUAAAAUGAAAGUUAUAAGAUCAGUGCCCGCAUCUUACGAUGAACUUAGAAAGUUUCAUUCUGAAUUAUACUUAGAUCAUUUGAAGUGCUUCAUAGAUGUUGAUGAAGAGUACAUGACAAAUGCACAGGAUGAAGAGUUUGGCAUAGGAUAUGAUUGCCCUCCUGUGUCCAAUAUGCUGCAGUUAGUAUCAACUGUGGCUGGGUCAUCUAUAACUGCAGCAAAAUGUUUGGUGUUGGGCAUUGCUGAUGUUGCUAUAAAUUGGUGUGGAGGAUGGCACCAUGCACAAAGGUUUGCAGCAGAUGGGUUCUGCUAUGUAAAUGAUAUUGUUUUAGCAAUAGACACAUUGAAGCAGAAGUUUUCCAAAGUUUUAUACAUUGAUCUGGAUGUCCAUCAUGGUAAUGGUGUUCAAGAUGCAUUUAACCUGAGCAAGACUGUGUUUACCCUAUCUUUCCAUAAAUUUGAGCCUGGCUUUUAUCCUGGCACUGGAAGUAUAGACGAUGUUGGAUCUCUCACUGGUAAAGGGUACUGUGCUAAUUUGCCUUUCCACGGAGCCUACUCUGAUGACAGUAUACAAUAUGCCUUUGAACCGAUUUUCAACGAAGUAUGUGAAUAUUUCGUCCCAGACGCUAUAGUACUGCAGUGCGGUGCCGACGCAUUAGCGGGAGACCCACACGGUGGCGCCUCUUUGACGUCUAAGGGAUAUUGUUCCUGUGUAAAGAUGGUGCUAGAUAAAAGAAAACCUACUGUGCUUUUAGGUGGAGGUGGCUAUAAUCAUUCUAAUACUGCUCGGCUCUGGACAACCAUAACAGCUCUAGUACUAGGGAUAACUCUGGAUGAAGAAAUACCAGAACACAAGUAUUGGCCAAAAUAUGGUCCAGGCUACAUGCUGCAUAUUGAACCUAAUAUGAUCAAAGAUAACAACAAAAAGGAUUAUUUGGAUGAUUGUAUAAAAAAUAUUAAAGAUAAUAUAAAUAAAUAUUUGAUAAGAAAAGUUUGCGAGGGACCAGUAGUUAAAAGAAAGAAGAUUUAUACAAACAGUAGCAAAGAAACAAUAAUGCAAGAAAAUAAUAUUGCUUGUAAAAGUGAUGUACCAGAAAAUAUUGAUAAUGUGGCUAUAAUAGAAAAUGAAAUUGCAGUACCUAAAGAAAAUCAUAAUAAUGAUAAUGUUACUUCUACAGAUGUAUACGAUUUUAUUGACUAAUAGCAUACACAUUAAUAAAUUAGUUUAUACAUAACACAAUGCAGUUUAAGUACUACCUUUUACUAAAACAGACUCAAUUUAGAAAGAUAGAAACAAAUGUCAAUUCAAAAAAAAUAUAUAUUUAAGUUCUCUCACUGAACUGCUCAGUACACAGUUACCAAGUAACACAUUGACUUACAAAGAGAAAAUUAAAAAAUACUUUGAUAUCUAACACAGGAUACAAUCCAUCUCAGGGUUAACCAAUCACCAUUCAGUGCAUAAUUUGUUCAAAAAUAGCUCCAUGAUUUGUUAAAAAUUGAGCACUUCUCUUUGCAUGGCUCCCAAAAAUUUAUAGGCCUAAUCUUACUGCAUUCCGUUCAAUUCACUUCAAUCAACUAUAAACAUGGGGUAAAUAUGGUCAUAUUCCUAUGAAAGAAAGGCUAGCUGGAGAAGACAAUAUGAAACAAAUACAUAUGAGUAUGUUAUCUAAUUUUACCCACUCAACUAGUUAUUUAACAUUGAAAUACUGAAGUUAAUAUUAUGAUAGGUAUAGUUUUUAAAGUAAACUUGCCAUAUCCUAAUUGAAUAAUGUACCCAAUAAGACAAAACAUGUUUUAAAAUUCAAGCAUUUUCUGUAUGCCAAUAACUAUCUAUUCACUAAUUUCGUGCUCAUUGUAAUCGCGCAAGCAGUAUGGUGAUUGACAAAGCAAUAUUUUAAAUCAGAGCAGUGGUAAUAUAAAAUGGAUUUACACCAAAUUCACUUUACAUUCAUGGCAACACGGACUAGACCAACCUAAUAGAAUUAAAAUAAUAGUAUGUUUUGAUAA